AUGCCUUCAAUUGUAUCCAGCUUCCCCCGGAGGAGGCGGAGGCGGAGGUGGNAUCCCACCUCUUCCUUCUCUCCUCCUCCCCCUCCUCCUCCUCCUCCUCCUCUCGAAGAUCCCCAAACCCUAAUCGAAUUCCAGGAGCCCUCUCCGUCGCCCCCAUCGCCUGAUCCCCACCCCCCCGAUGACGACGAGACCGCCUCUCGCGACGUGGGAGAGGAAGAGGACUCUUCCGUCGAUUCCCCGCCCCGCGAAAACCCUAACCCUAAUCCCGGCCCUAGCCCUACCCUCCAGCCUAUACGGGUAGCGCCGCCGCCGCCGCCGCCGCCGCAGCAGCCAUCGUCGUCUUCUUCAGCUCCGCCGGCGGCGGCGGAGGGUGCGGCGGCGCCGUCGCUCCUCCACCUGUCCUUCAACCAGGACUACGGGUGCUUCGCUGCGGGCACUGAUGGCGGGUUCCGCAUCUACAAUUGCGACCCCUUCCGCGAGAUCUUCCGCAGGGACUUCGACGGCGGGGGCAUCGGCGCCGUCGAGAUGCUCUUCCGGUGCAACAUCCUCGCCCUCGUCGGCGGCGGCUCCCAGCCCUACUACUCCCCCAACAAGGUCAUGAUCUGGGACGACCACCAGAGCCGCUGCAUCGGCGAGCUCUCCUUCCGCUCCGAGGUCCGCGCCGUGCGCCUCCGCCGCGACCGGAUCAUCGUCGUGCUCGAUCACAAGAUCUUCGUGUACAAUUUCGCCGACCUCAAGCUCUUCCACCAGAUCGAAACCGUGCCGAACCCGAAGGGCCUCUGCGUGGUGUCCCAGCAGCAGGGCUCGCUCGUCCUCGUCUGCCCCGGCGGCCAGAAGGGGCAGGUCCGGGUCGAGCACUACGGCGCCCGGCGGACCAAAUUUAUUAUGGCCCACGAUUCGAGGAUUGCGUGCCUCGCCCUGUCGCAGGAUGGCCGGCUGAUCGCCACCGCGAGCACCAAGGGAACCCUCAUCAGGAUAUUCAGCACCUCCGACGGAACUCUGCUCCAGGAGGUAAGGAGAGGGGCUGACAGAGCAGAGAUAUAUAGCUUGGCUUUCUCUGCUAACAUGCAGUGGUUGGCGGUCUCCAGUGACAAGGGAACAGUUCAUGUAUUCAACUUGAAGGUCAAUUUGGGAUUAACUGCAAACGAUAGGCCUCGUCCUGCACCUGAUCCAAACGUCCCACAUGUUGGCUCAUCUCUCUCUUUCAUCAAAGGCGUCUUGCCCAAAUAUUUCCACUCAGAAUGGUCAGUGGCUCAGUUCCGGUUGCAUGAAGGUACACAGUAUAUUGUUGCAUUUGGCCACCAGAAAAACACUGUUGUGAUUGUUGGGAUGGAUGGCAGUUUCUAUAGAUGCCAAUUCGAUCCGGCGAAUGGUGGAGAGAUGACGCAGCUGGAAUGCUACAAUUUUCUAAAACCAGAUGCAGCGAUGUAGCAACUUGGAAACAUAUUAGUCUUUUGUUUUAUUACUGUUAAAUAUUGUUGUUCAGCUCUCUGAAUGAAGGAAAAACAAGAAAAAAGUGCCAAUAAUUUGUAUAUAGGCAUCUACCGGGGUUUUGCAAAGUAUGUAUUCAACAACUCUGAAUCACUGUUUACUGACAUGAUACUGCUGCUACUACUGCUGCAUAUGAUUGAUUGUUAGGCCUCCACUGAAAAAAAAAAGAAAAGAAAAAAAGGAGAAAAUAAUCUGUAUUUAUAUCGAGGCUUUGUGAAAUGUGAGUUUGAUUCUAAGAUUGCUCA